GUGGGGGAAGAUGGGGGCUGCUCUGCGCAGACCCAGCUCCUUGCUGGCAUUGCAUAUCUGUGCUCAGGCUGGCCAGCUACAUUAUCUGGAAAAUUUCCUUCCUCCUCCUUCCCCUAACCCCAGCUCCCUCCUUCAAUUCCCAGCUCCAACCCUGACCCAGAGAGCAGACUGAUUUGGAGCCCGGAGGACAAAGCCUUGUAAGCUUUCUUUGUGGACUUCCUACCCUCCAGUCUCCUAUACUGUACUACUGGGAACCUCGGCCAGACCCUAGGAACCCCUGACACCGACACCGCAGCCAAGAAGUACCCUCACCUGCUGGCCUGAGAAUACGCAUCUCCACUCUGGUUCAAUCUCUGGGUCACGGGACAAUGAACCAGAAGACCACCCUGGUGCUGCUUGCUCUGGCUGUUAUCACCAUCUUUACCUUAGUUUGUGUCCUGCUGGCUGGCAGGGGUGGAGAUGGGGGCGAACCCCUUCUGCCUCCCCUCUGCCCCUCUGUAUCUCCCAGUGCCCAGCCCUGGAAAAAUCCUGGCCAGAGCCAGCUGUUUGCAGACCUGAGCCAAGAGGAACUGACAGCUGUGAUGAGCUUUCUGACCCAGCAGCUGGGGCCAGGCCUGGUGGAUGCACCCCAGGCCCGCCCUUCAGACAACUGCGUCUUCUCGGUGGAACUGCAGCUGCCCCCCAAGGCUGCAGCCCUGGCCCACCUGGAUAGGGGGAGCCCCCCACCUGCCCGGGAGGCCCUGGCCAUCGUCUUCUUUGGUGGACAACCCCAGCCCAACGUGAGCGAGCUGGUGGUGGGGCCACUGCCCCACCUAUCCUACCUGCGGGAUGUGACCUUAGAGCGCCAUGGGGGCCCCCUGCCCUAUCACCGACGCCCCAUGCUGGAACGAGAGUACCUGGAGAUAGACCAGUUGAUCUUCGACAGAGAGCUGCCCCAGGCUGCUGGUCUCCUCCACCACUGUUGCUUCUACAAACGCAAAGAACGGAACCUGGUGACGCUGACCACAGGUCCUCGUGGUCUGCAAUCAGGGGACCGAGCCACCUGGUUUGGCCUUUACUACAACAUCUCAGGGGCUGGGUUUUACCUCCAGCCCGUGGGGUUGGAGCUGCUGGUAGACCACAAGGCUCUGGACCCUGCCCGCUGGACCAUCCAGAAGGUGUUCUAUCAAGGCCGCUACUUUGAGAGUCUGGCCCAGCUGGAGGAGCAGUUUGAGGCUGGCCUGGUGAAUGUCAUGCUAGUCCCAGACAAUGGCACAGGUGGGUCCUGGUCCCUGAAGUCCCAGGUGCCCCCGGGUCCAGCUCCCCCUCUGCAGUUCCAUCCCCAGGGCCCCCGCUUCAGUGUGCAGGGGAGUCAAGUGGCCUCCUCAUUGUGGACCUUCUCCUUUGGCCUGGGAGCUUUUAGUGGCCCGAGGAUCUUUGAUGUCCGCUUCCGGGGAGAACGACUAGCUUAUGAGAUCAGCCUUCAAGAUGCCUUGACUGUCUACGGAGGAAAUUCCCCAGCAGCAAUGCUGACCCGUUAUAUUGAUGGCGGCUUUGGCAUGGGCAAGUACUCCUCGCCCCUGACCCGUGGGGUGGACUGCCCCUACCUGGCCACCUAUGUGGACUGGCAUUUCCUUCUGGAGUCCCAGGCUCCCAACACAUUACAUGAUGCCUUUUGUGUGUUUGAACAGAAUCAGGGCCUCCCCCUGCGGCGACACCAUUCAGAGUUCUACUUUGGGGGCCUUGCAGAGACAGUGCUGAUCUUCAGAUCUGUGUCUACCCUGCUCAACUAUGACUAUGUGUGGGAUAUGAUCUUCCACCCCAGUGGGGCCAUAGAAGUCAGAUUCCAUGCCACAGGCUACAUCAGCUCAUCGUUCCUCUUUGGUGCUGCCCGAACGUACGGGAACCAGGUUGGGGAGCAUACCCUGGGCACCGUCCACACCCACAGUGCCCACUUCAAGGUGGAUCUGGAUGUAGCAGGUCUGGAGAACUGGGUCUGGGCUGAGGACAUGGCCUUUGUCCCCUCGGUGGUGCCCUGGAGCCCCGAGCACCAGAUGCAGAGGUUGCAGGUGAUCCGGAAGCAGCUGGAGACCGAGGAGCAGGCUGCCUUCCCCCUGGGCCGCACCCUGCCUCGCUACCUGUACCUGGUCAGCAAACACAGCAACAAGUGGGGUCACCCGCGGGGCUACCGCAUCCAGACGCUCAGCUUUGCUGGGGAGCCGCUGCCCCAGAACAGCUCCAUGGAGAGAGCCUUCAGCUGGGGGAGGUACCAGCUGGCUGUGACCCAGCGGAAGGAGGAGGAGCCCAGUAGCACCAGUGUCUUCAAUCAGAAUGACCCUUGGUCCCCGACUGUGGACUUUGCUGACUUCCUCAACAAUGAAACCAUUGCUGGAGAGGACCUGGUGGCCUGGGUGACAGCUGGUUUCCUGCACAUCCCACAUGCAGAGGACAUUCCUAACACAGUGACUGUGGGGAACGGUGUGGGUUUCUUCCUCCGACCUUACAACUUCUUUGAUGAGGACCCCUCCUUCUACUCUGCUGACUCCAUCUACUUCCGGGGAGACCAGGAUGCGGGGGCCUGUGAGGUCAACCCCCUGGCCUGCCUCCCCAAGACUGCUGCCUGUGUCCCUGACCUCCCUGCCUUCUCCCAUGGAGGCUUCUCUCACAACUAGUUGGUCCUUGGGGUAGGGAGUAUGGCCAGGGACCCCAGGGCCUAGGUGUAUUGGGUGGGGGGGCAGCUUCCCCUUUCUUGCCAGCUUCCCUCCUCUCCUUUUCACCCCCUCCCUUGUUGUCCCUUCUUCCCCUCCUCCAAGGUCUUUGUCUUCCAUUGCCCUCCCUGCCAAGGCAUCCUGGGUCUGUGAUGCCACUGACAUGGGGGUAGGGGAAUGGAGUAGGAAGGGGUGGUGAAAUGGGGGACACUACAACUCUGUUUUUGUUGAUCCCAGAGGUGCUGGGCUCCCACCUCAGAAAGGAGAGGAACAGCUCAGCCGGGAGCCUGUAGUAGUGAUGACCAAUCUUUUCCCUAAAGACUCCCUGUUUUGCUUUAGGGCUUUCCCAAAUCUUUUUAAGCCGUUUCCAGGUGUCAUGGAUCUCUUGAGUCCCUGUCUUGGGAGGUGAGGAUGAGGGGCUCUGCAAUGGGGAUUGUCUCCUGGAGACCCCAGGGCAGGGUUCCUGCAGAAGUCCACAGAUGGUGCUGGAAGCAGCUCCUUUGCCUGCCUUCCUUCUCAUCCAAGUCCUCUUCCUUCUCUCCCUCCUCGCCUUCCUGGGCCUUCCCACUCUUGCAUCCUGGGUUGUCACCCCAGCUCCUCAGGGAACUUCACUCUGCCCUGGCUCCUGGUACUGUCCCGGCCUCACUUCUCGUCUUCAGUCUCUUCUGCUCCUCGGCCUGCAGAAGUCUCAAAAAAUGAGGGGACAUCUAGUUUGGGAGGACAACCCCUGUCUGUCACCUACCCCGGGUAGGAUGUGCCCCCACCCUCACCUGGGCCAGGCUUGUUUCUAGACAGUUCCCUCUGCCCAUAUGAAUCGGCCUGCCUUGCACUCUCAGCGGAAAGAUGUGCAUAGACAGCAGGACUUCAAGUUAGCAUUUUAUUUGGGUGAUUUCGUGGGGGCAGUGGCAAUGAGCCAUGGUCAUUUUGUGCCUGGUGUUUGUGUGACUCGGCAGUAGCCGUUUGGGAGGCUGGGGUGACGCCAAGGGUGGGAAGCAGAAAGCCCCAGGAACGUCCAAUCAAAUGCUGGCAUGCAAAUGAGCGGGCCCCCUGGUGGAGCGGGGCCUGGGCUGGGGCGGAGCUCGACAGCGGCCUCCAGGAACCCGCACCAACGCUGUCCUUUCUGGUCUGCGUUGUGGGUGGGUCCAAACAAUUAGCAAGAGAUUGGAAACAACAGAAACGUCCUUCCGUGGAGGAUUGGUUAACAAAAUUCGAAUACAGCCUUACAAUGCAAUGCCAUGCAGCUAUAAAAAUAAUUUUCUUUACAUACUAAUAGGGAAUAAUCUUCCGUUGAAAAAGGCCAGGUGUUGACGUGUGUGCGGUGCACUGCCCAUGUGUGCUUUAGAAAGGGAGAUGAUAUAAAUGUAUAUUUGCUUGUAUAUGCAUAUUCAGAAGAAACGCUGGUAGCACUGGCAAUGUGGAUGGUAGCCUGGGUGCCUAUAGUUGCCCCUGGGAAGAACUGGAGGUUGGGGACAGCAAGGGAGGGGACUUGGCACUAUAUACCCUUUUGUACAUUUUGAAAUUUGAACCGUUUGGCCGUAUUACUUUUCCAAAUAAAUAAUAAAUGGACCCAAA